AUGUCGAUCCCUUCCCCAUUUCCUGCUCAUCUUGACCUCAAGAAGCCUGUUUGCGUUUUCUGCGGUUCCUCUCCCGGCAAGCUUACCUUAUAUACAGCUGCAUCGGAUGCUGUGGGACAAGCAUUAGCGAAGGCUGGAAUCCCCUUGGUGUAUGGCGGUGGUCGACGAGGUAUCAUGGGCGUCGUGUCGCAAGCGUGCUUGAAAGCUGGGGGUCUCGUUCAUGGUAUUGUGCCCCAAGCAUUGACUGAAAGGGCGGCUGAGCAUACACCUGCGCCUGGGGCCUCGACUUCCAAAGAAGGGCAAGGUGAGGAAGUGCUCAAUGACGAUUACGAUGGAAGAUUAACCACCGACGUCGUGGGAAGUAUGCAUGAGCGAAAGCACAACAUGGCUAAAAUCUCUCAAGGUGGUUUCAUUGUACUUCCUGGAGGAUAUGGGACUUUCGAGGAAGCGCUAGAAAUGAUCACUUGGAAUCAAUUAGGAAUCCACCGAUUACCAAUUAUCAUUUUGAAUGUCGGUAACUUUUACACUCAUCUUUACGAUCAAUUUGUUUCUUCUGUCGACGCUGGCUUCAUUGCUCCUGCCAAUCUUUCUCUUCUCAAGCUGGUCAACCUUGAGGGUGGAUCGACUGCAAACGCUGACGAGUCUAAAGCAAACGAAUGGGGUGACGCUGCUAUCAGGGCCUUGAACGAUUGGGAUCUAGCUGAAGGAACGGGUUACGGACUUGAUUGGGAGGUGAAACCCGAUAGGGCUGGCGGCGAAACGUCACAAGAUUCGGGAUCUUCCAAACCUCUAGCAAUUGCGGAACAGACCGAUGGUCCUAGAUGGACGCGGAAAUUACCGGAUGCCAUAUUUACGACUCUGCGAUAUACAUCUCCGUCACCUAAUGCUACUGUACCAGUACAGCGCUCCUCACUACCUUUGCUGGAUCUGCAUCUACAAAGGCUGGACGAAGCGUUCUCGCAUUUCUCCCAAAAGGACGAGGAUGCAGCUUGGGGUAUGUGGCCGGGUCAAGAGACGGUCUGGGCGGAAUUGAAGCAAGUUCUGGAAGACGCGGAGCGUAGAGAAAGGGGGGAUUGGAGAGUAAGAGUCAUUGUUCAUCCAGAUGGUAAGGUGGAAGUACAAUGCGUACCCGCACCGAAAGAUGCUGGCCCCUUUCUCCUUCAUCCCUCAGCAUCGCGCUCCGUGUCAAGGAGACCCAUCGUGAUAGAUCCGGAUGUUACUGAGCCCACAUCGGAAUCUUCGGAACAAGUCGACUUAAGACUGUACAAGACUGUCAACAGAGACAUGUACGAUGACGCUUAUUCUCGAGGAGGGGCUUUGGUUUCUCCCGAUAUCCAUCCUGAGGUAUUGUUGCAUACACGUACCCAAAUACUGGAAACUACAACAUCAAAUAUUGCCGUCCAGCUUCCCAAUUCCGAAAGGUGGGUUACACCGAAAUUGGGAAAGGAUCAUCCGUUUUUGAAUGGUGUCAUGAGGAGGUAUCUCCUCGCCAAGGGGAUUAUCGAACAAGGUGAAGUAACUUUAGAUAUGAUUGAGGAGGUCAAGGAAGGUGGCAGGAUCAUUGGAUUCAACGGACUCAGAGGCGUAUGGGAAGGUGAAAUCAUAUGA